ACAUAAUCUGACCAAAUAUUUAUAGAUAGAAAGCAGCAGAAACCAACAGUCCUCCAGAAGAAUCGGAUAUUUAUCGAACGGUAUAUUUGUAUCGCGCCAAGACGAGUCUGCUGAAGAGUGUGUGAAGCAAGGCAGAUUCAACCAAUGCACCACAAGUGCCGGUUGUGGUGAUUCGAAGUCGAGUUUACUAGACUGUGGAAACAAGGUUGAGGUGUUGAACGCUUUCGGAGCGGAGUUGCACCACUGCGCCGCCGUGAGCGAUCAGUUCAUUCUGUUGUUAGAACGGGUGAUAGUCACUAGGAACUGGUGCGCGUACAAAACCAUCUUAUUACGCCAAAAAUGGCCUGCAAAUGUCUCAAGUCCAAACUGCUAAAAGUGACACUGGCUGUGCUGCUGGUGACCUUCCUGCCGGGGCUGCCUCCGUAUCCGACGUUUCCGUUCAAGGCGUUUAGUGUAACCCCUCCACGCCCACUGGAAGGCGUUCUCGCACCUAACCAGCUGCUCAACAAUGCCGAACUGUGGCUCGAAAAUCAACUGGUAGCACCGGAAACCAUUCUAGUUCGAGGAAAUACAACCUAUGCAUCCGUUGCCGGAGGCAAAGUGCUGGAAAUAACCAAAAACGACCAGAUCCGAGUGGUGGCCAAGUUCGGUGUGGAAUGCCAGGGCACCUACGAUGAACGCGUAUGUGGUCGACCACUUGGGUUGGCCUUCGAUACCCAGGGUAACAACCUGAUUGUGGUAGAACCCUACUUUGGCAUAUACCAGGUUCAGAUAAAAACCGGAGAGAAGAAACUGCUAGUUUCGUUGGAUAAGGUCAUCGAGGGCGGUAAAGUAUCGCGAAAGCCUGGAAUUCCGAAUGGAUUGGCUAUCGCUAGGAACGGAGAUCUGUACUGGUCGGACACGUCUUCGGAUUUCCGCUUUGAGGACGCACUGCAGGCCAUGCUUGUGAAUCCUUCGGGACGUCUUUUGCACUACUCGCGUGGUUUCGGUCAGAACCGGGUGCUGAUCGAUGAAGUCUACGGUGCUAACGGAGUUGCUCUCAGCAAAGAUGAAAGCUUCGUGCUGGUGGCCGAACUCGGAGGAAACCUGAUCCGUAGGUAUUAUCUGAAAGGUGCUAAGACAGGAUCGGACGACAUCUUCACCGUUGGCCUGCCAGGAUCGAUCGAUAAUCUGGUUGGGGACGACACAGGGAUAUGGGCUUCGGUGGUGAUUGCCGCCGAUAGUUCUAACCCAUCGCCGCUGGCCAUGUUGGCACCAUUCCCACAUGUGAGAAAAUUCCUCGUCCGAGUCAUGAGUCUCGCAGAACUUCCGUUCGACUACCUCUACAAGUACACCGGUAAUCAACUGGCUUUGCGAGUAUCGAACUUCAUCGGGAAUCUUGGUAGCGUCGCACCGCUAUUUCCAAAACGUGGCACGGUCCUCCGGUUGGAUUGGGAAGGAAACAUUCUGGCAGCCCUGCACAGCGACGAUGGCCGGACGAAUUUGAUAGCGCACGCCGUGCAGAGUGGAGACUACCUGCUGCUCGGAUCACCGGUCUAUCCAUCGAUUCGGAAGGUCAAGCUGACGGAGGAGGUGCUGCAGCUGGUGACGCCGGGACGCAAGCCGCAAGCGAAGGUUACCGUAGAUACCAAAAAGAAGCAGAAACCAGCGGGUCACGAAGAACUGUAGGGUGAUGUUUCGGGUAGAGUAGUUUGUGUGCAUUGUGUCGAAUUUUAAGUGUAAGGAUAAAUAAAGUAGGAUUUGUGCGUGAAAAUG